GGAAGUUGGGGCGCAACCAUGGGGGCUGCGGGGGGGGUGGCGGCGGCGCUGCUCUGCAUCGCCCUGACCGGCGGCCACGGGUGGGAGAUCCUUAAGUUUGAAGGUCCAUUGGAUGGUGGGAAUCCAUGGAGUCCACCAGAGCCGCCGGCGCACGUCCUGGCCGAGGUCCUCUUCUGCCAACCGCCGUGGCCCUCGUUGGGCGCCGCCUUCACCUUCGACUCCGACCAACUCUUCUGGUUUGACUUCCCCGGGUCCCGUUGGACCUCUCGGCUGCCCGACCUCCCGCCGUGGCCUCCAGGCCUGGAGACGCCGGCCCAGAUCCUCCAGGACGCCACGCUCUGCCAGGACCUGCGCCGCGCCGUCACCGCCCUGGCCACCGGCACGCUGCCCGAGUCCAGGGGUGUCCCUCUGGCCGACGUCUUCCCCAUGCGACCUCCGGUCCCGGGUGACCCCAACACUUUGGUGUGUCUGGUGACCAACAUCUUCCCCGCGGCGGUGGAGAUCCGUUGGGUGUUGGAUGGGGUCCCCAUCACCCAAGGGGUCACCCACACCCACUACACCCCAACGGCCGAUUUGGCCUUCGUCCUCUUCUCCUAUCUCCGGGUCACUCCGACCACUGGGGACAUCUACGGCUGCGUCGUCACCCGCGAAGGGGACAAUGCCUCCGCCAUCGCCUACUGGGUUCUUCAACCGCCUGUGGACUCGGAGGAAUUGGAGACGGCGCUGUGCGGCGCCGCCAUGGCCUUGGGCGUCCUCUUGGCUCUUCUCGGCGUCGCCAUGGUGGCGGCCGCGCGACGGGCGAGGAGGUGACCACGGGGUGUCCUCAACCCCUUCUGUGUCCCCA